CAGGAAACGCAGCAGGCUGACAGUUCACAGCUGAUUCACGCAGACUUUAAACUUGAACUCAACAUGCACAGAUUAAAGAUAGUUUCAGGACAUUUGUCUCCGUCUGGUCCUCCAGAGACAAGAACAGUAACCAGAGCUCAGUGCAGCGCUGCAGCCCGCAGCCCGCGGGACGAGGACGUGGUGCUGGUUCACUGCAAGAGGACUGCUGUAUGCAGGGCUAAGAGAGGAAGCUUCAAGGACACGACGCCUGAUGAGAUGCUGAGUGCUGUGAUGACAGCUGUGCUUACAGAUGUUGGAUUAUCACCUGACAAGCUGGGAGACGUCUGUGUGGGUAAUGUUCUGCAGCCCGGCGCCGGAGCUCUCAUGGCCCGAGUGUCUCACUUCCUCAGCGGGUUUCCAGAGAGUGUCCCCGUCUACACCGUCAACAGACAGUGCUCCUCCGGCCUGCAGGCGCUGCUCAACAUCGCAGGAGCCAUCAGGACCGGAUCCAUCGAGCUGGGACUCGCCUGCGGAGUGGAGAGCAUGUCGCUGCAAUCGAUGGGAAACCCUGGAGAUCUGAGCUCCAGACUGAUGGACGUAGAUAAAGCCAGAGACUGCAUCAUCCCGAUGGGCAUCACCUCAGAAAACGUGGCAGAGAGAUUCGGGAUCACCAGAGAGAAACAGGACGCCUUCGCUCUCAGUUCUCAGCAAAAAGCAGCGAGGGCGCAGAGCUUGGGCCUGUUUGACCAGGAGAUCGUCCUGGUCAACACCAAGUUUGUGGACAGUGAGGGUAAAGAGCGGCAGGUGACGGUCACCAAGGACGACGGGAUCCGACCCGGGACGACGCUGGCGGGACUCAACAAACUACGGCCGGCCUUCAAACCUGACGGCAGCACCACAGCAGGUAACUCCAGCCAGGUGAGUGAUGGAGCAGCGGCCGUGCUGAUUGGUCGUAGGUCUGCCGUGGAGUCUCUGGGUCUGCCGGUGUUGGGGGUCCUGAGGGGCAGCGCGGUGGUCGGAGUCCCUCCUGAUGUCAUGGGUAUCGGACCGGCGGUCGCCAUCCCAGCAGCUCUGCAGCAGGCCGGACUGACUGUAGAUGAUAUUGACGUGUUUGAAAUCAACGAGGCCUUCGCCAGCCAGGCGGUUUACUGCGUGGAGAAACUGGGCAUCCCGAUGGAGAAGGUGAACCCGAACGGUGGAGCCAUCGCCCUCGGUCAUCCUCUGGGCUGCACCGGCGCUCGCCAGGUGGUGACGCUGUUCAACGAGCUCAGACGUCGAGGCAGGAGAGGGUACGGAGUCGUGUCCAUGUGCAUCGGCACCGGGAUGGGAGCCGCUGCGGUCUUUGAAUACACCGGACCGUAAACACUCAAUCAGCUGUUCUCUUACUGUGAUCAGAAACUACUUCCAGACAGGAGAGAUCAUCUGUUAAUGCUCCGUUAAUACCGAGUCAUUCCUCCAAUAAUCUGCCUUCUCAAAGCCUUUUAAUACCGUUUAAUGCAGACUGUAAUGAUUUAAACAACUACUAAUAACUGCUGUGAUGAUUUUUAGAGAACUGUGAAGGUUUUAUACCGACUGCAACAAAUCAAUGAUUCAAAAUUAAAAUUCAAAAAAGUUUGUUGAUCCGAGAAGAUGAUGCAGGAUACAAUCAUAAGUAUAGGAGACAUUUUUAAGGGAGCUUUUUGUUCGUGAGUCUUUAAAACAAAAUAAAUCGG